CAUCACAACAUCAGUCCCUGGACUCGUCCUGUCCUCCAUCCUCUCCUCAAACUCCCAUGUCCGCAUAAGCCCCUCCAGGGCCUCGUUCCCGCUCCCUACACCCCCGACACAUCCCAUGGAGUUCACCCGCGUCCGCUCGCCCUCCAGCUUCUCCACGGGCGCGCCCUUCCGCCAGCGCCCUGGCGGGCCCCGCAGCCCAAAGUCCCCUCCGGGGGCGACCAAGGACAUGAUCCCUCUCGACCUCACGGCUCGCGUAGAGGAGGCAACCCCCGCCUACUCUAGUCCCCGCUCUUCCACCUGGUCUCCGUCCUCGCCAGCACUCGCUUCCGAACAGGAUCUGUAUUCCGAGUACGGCGGCUCCAGCUCUUCGCGCCGCAACACCGUGAGCCGAGGGAUCCAGACGGGCAUGCCGGUCCCCGUCCCCAGCACACCCAGCACCCCGCUCAUCGCCGCCCCCGCGGUGAAGGUCAUCAAGAAGACACCCACGCUCUCCCCGCCGCCAGCGGUUAGCUUCGACGCACCGCCCGUGCCAUGGCGCGCGAUGACUCUCGAGGCCGCCCAAUGGAGCCUCACAUCAGAACAACUCCAGGAAAUCGUCUCGACGGCCAUUCGCACAUCCGCCCAGGAGGACUUUAUCCGGCUCGUGUCCCGGCACACGCUCGACGUCGAGCUCGUCCAGGAGCUCGAGCGCCUCGACUCGCUCAAAGCGACGACACAGGCGCAAUACCGCUUCAACACGCAGCGGCGGCUCAUGCUCCUCCAGUCGCUCAAUGCGUUGUCCUUCGCACCGGGCGACCCAUCAUCCCAGGAGGCGCUGUCGAAUCUCACGGCACAGCUCGCCGCACUCGCUGCCUCCUGCGACCGUCUCAUGGAGACCCUCCUGACGGUCGCCGAGCAGCGCGCACAGAUCCAGCGCCUGCAGGACGUGCACGUCGCGUCCGCGCUCGCGAUCACUCUACGAAAGCUGAACGCGAGCUACGGGCGGCGCGUGAACGAAGCGAAAGAGGGGCGCGCAAAGAUUGCCGAGCUCCAAGCGGAGCUCGAGGAGGCGUGGGGCGUCGCGGAAGAGCUCGCACAGGAGAUGGACGACCUGGACAACUUUGGGCGCGACUUCGGGUACGAGGGCGACGAGGUGAUCGAGGACGAGGCGAGUGCGGUGUCGGGCGAGGGCAGCGUUGUCCUCCCGGACUCGCGCACGGAGUAUAGUGUGCAGAUGGCGGAGGUUGUGGGUGUGACGGCUACGGCCGUCUCGAGCAAGGCCAUGUACGCCACCGUGUUCCCAGGGCCUAUCGCGCCGUCGCCUGCGCAGCUCCAGGUCGCGGAUCGCACGAGUCGAGUGAUGGCUGCGCGGCGGCGGAGCGUCCGUGCGAGCAAGGCGAGCUUGCGGUUGCGGCAGCCGUCGAUGAGCGAAGGCGAGUCGUCGCCGUCAGUUGCUGCCGCCGCACAAACAGCGAGGCGGGCGAGAAGCCGAAGCCGGAGCAGGCGGAGACCGACUAUCUCAACAGAACCAGAUGUCACCGUUCCCGCGGUACCAAUUAUCCGCGUCGAACCGGCGCCGUGCAAGGGCGGGUCCUUCCUCGAGCUGAACGAGACCCGGCCGACGACGCCGAGUUCUGCCACCCAAGAAAGCCCGCCACCACUGCCACCACUGCCCUCCGUCUCGAUCAACACAACUUUUGCCUCGACGCGGAGCACCCUCGAGGUCAGCUCGCCAGCUGCGAACGCGGCCGCCACGCCAUUAACGCCGGAGUUCGACCGCACACUCAUUCCCCCGUACACGUUCCACGCGGCCCGCGCGUCCAAAGACGACUUGUUCCUUCACAACGAGCGCGAGCGCGAGGUGAGGGCGCUCCGCGUGCAGUCGCUCGGGAUGCGUGAGCGGGCCGAUACUGUGAGCUUGUUCGAUGGCGUGGCGGGGUCACACAGCUCGAGGACGCCGUACCGCAAGUCGGACGGGGAGGUCAUCGAGAGGGGGCGGACGAAGGCGAAGCGGUACUCUGUGCCGUUGCGCGCGGCGCAGGUGCAGGCCUCGCAGCAGCCCCGGCCGUCGACGGGUGACGCUGGGGAUGGGCCGUCCACUACGGAGGCUCCUAGCAAAUCGGAAAUUAUAACGCCGACGCAAUGGCGGGUCCAGCAACAGGCGGGUCCUGCGCCGACUCCGCAAGAAGCCUUCAGUCAGACACGGCCAGACAGUCCUACGCAAGCACCAGAGCUAGAUCUGGAUCCGGGCGAGCAGCCUCCGCCUCUCCCGCCAAAAGACGAGGCUGUCGCGGCUGUGGGGCUCCCAUCGGAGCCCUAGCAUACGGUGGGACGGACAACACAGCGGAAGGAGAAGGUGAAGAAGUCGAGCGUAACUUAUCAACCCCCACCAUCUCUCGGUCGUACUUGCAUUCGGUCUUGGUCGCAGCCAGUG